UUUCAUUCUUUCUUCCUGAAAAGAUGUGAUUUGCUUUUAUUAGAUUGUCAUUUAUCUUGAAUACAUCCUACUGGAAAACUAGUAUACUGUUCGUCUUCUAUGUUCAUUCAUUGCUCUAGCGGGGUCAUGGAACCAAUAUGGUGCAGUCACGGUAAAAUAAGCCAGAAGAAAAGCACUUCCUUUUCUAAUCCUUUUUAAUUAAAAUGGCAUCGAGGAGAUGCAAAGUACACAAAUAAAUCAUGGCUAAACUCCUAAUACAAAAACUUCCUCUUCUAGACCAGGGACUUUAACUGGAAAGCAAAAGAUAUGGUUUCUAAACCACAGUAAGGGAGCUGAUGAAAUCUAAAAAGGGAACAUCAUUUACAGCCUUACAGGGGAUAGAUUGCUCCAACUGAAAAAGUUCAAAAGGCAAAAAAAAUCAUAGUCUGCUGCUGGGAGCUGGGAUGCCAUCAAAACAUUUGAGAUUCCUGUCUUUCCACCGACACCAAAAAAUACAUGCUGGAAUCAUCUGCCAGGUCUUCUUGACGGUACUGUAACUUCCCAUAGGUCCAAUUAAUUCCAAAAGGUGAAAGAUACGUGUUCUAUAGAUCUGGGGCGACUGGACAAUGUAGGAACAAGUGAUUGAAUGACUCUAGGCUGUUCUGGCACAUGUAGCAUCUGUUAACCAACUGAAAAUUCCUCCUGCAUAGGUUGUCUUGGGUUAGAAUAGCAUCUGUUAGGGCUUCCCAGGGGAAGCAUAUGACUUUUGUUGGAAGUUCAGUCUUCCAUAUUAGUUUCAAUGGCCAGUGAUCUUUUAUUCCCUUCCUUCACAGUGUACAUUCCUUUUUCAGAGCUACCCCAUCUUAAGCUAUCUGAGUUUAGAGGAAGCAUUGAGAAUCCUUCAAGUACUUUGAAUAAAUCAAUAAGCUCAUUAAGUUCCCAGUCCUGCACGUUCCUCCUGAAGUGAGGAUCCCAAAUUUCACCUGCUCUAUUUUAUGUCACUGAUGAGUCACGGUCAGGUGCUCUCUGGUAAAGGUUUGGGUGAGAGGCUCUGAGAAGUUGGUUGUUAAGCCACCUGUCCUUCCAAAAUGUAACAGUUCUGCCAUUCCCAAUCUCGAAGGACACCUCAUGAAAGAAUUCAUCUUUCAGGUUGUUAAUAUGCUUCCAAGGGCCAAUUCCAUGAGGAGCUCUGUUCUGUUUGGUGCUCCAUCUGUCUUGCCUUCCUUUAUGUAAUUGUUUUGGUAGAAGCUGUCACUGCACAGGUGAUGGUGUCUAAUACUGCAGUCUUUUACUAUUUUUAGUUUGUAAUAAGAUGAUUCUUGGAUGUCUGUAUUAUGGGAAAAACACCGAAUAUCAAGAAAGCAAAACUUGGAUGAAGUAACAGUCUUUGAAGGAACUAAUAUGUGGAAAUAUUUCCCUAAUUCCUCGUGUUAGUCCUUGAGAACCUGUUAUAUUAUUGUCAAAAUCUCUUUACGGACCUUUUUAAAAGACUCUCAGUUUCGUAGUGUUAAAAAGUUGAUUCUCUCCCCCUGGUGUAAGACAUUUAUGUGCUGUUAGUGUUCCGGUGGUCUAUUCAUUAACAUAUCUUACUCUUCCGAUAGUGGUUUUCCUCUCCUCUGCCCAAUGUAGCUUAUGCUAGACAUACUUCAGCGACGGGCAAAGUAUGUCAUUGUUGAUUGGUUUUUAUGGAUUUUAGAGUACCAAAACAAAAUCUCACAUACUCGAUAUGAUUCAAUUUUAAAUACCUGUGUUCCUUACUUUGCCAUUACUGAACCGAAAGCUUGGUAAGUUAGUAUCAUCUUUCACACCUGAGUUUUAUGAAGUUAACUAAGGACAAUCAUUGUGAAAUUCUAUUCUGACAUAUGCAUUGUUGAUGAAUGCAAAAGAGCUGACUUAGGCUGAUUAUACUGUUACUAAGGUUGGCUGGGCAUAGUUCAAAUUGGCACCUGGGCCUAGUGAUGAUCCUUUCAUAUUUGACUAUAUUUACAAAAAGACCAAGACAAACGGGAUUUGUUAUCUUAAUAGAUAUUCAGAUUACAAAUUAAAGGGAACAAAGGUAGGUUUAAUGGCAUUAAGAAAUGAUAAACAGAUUACUUGUUGCCGAUAGAUGUGUGGGCAUACUCGGAGAGAUAUGAUUAGUGUUAGAGAAUCAUAAAUAUAUAUGUUUCCUUGUGUAUAAUAUUCUAGCUGAUUUCUAGGGAUUUAGAUAUUUAGUUACCUUAGCUAGCCUUUUCUUUACUUGUAUUUAAAUCAUUGUAUUCUUUGAAUAAUAGACAAGUUAUUCUCUGCAUACCUUCUCUGAAUUACAUGGUAUCAGAGCGGGCUUUAAUAUUUCGUCGGAGUUUUGUCAACUUCUGUCGCCGGAAGUUGUGGUGACUCAUCGGAGUUGGUCAGUAUCUUAGACUGGUGCUCGAGAAUUGAAAAUCGACCAUCACCCAUCUAUCCAGCACCUACCGAUCUACAUUUAUCCAGAAUCUGGUUGCUGAUAAUUCCAGGUUUCGUGAAAUCAUGAGCCAGCGAUUAUUUCCCGGUAGGAUUAUUCCGGCCAGCGUGUGUGGGGGCGUGGAGGUCCACUUUGGUCUGAUUUCGCACUGAAGUUUCCGUCAUAUUUGUUUGUGGUCUCAUGAUCUGUGACCUUUUUUUUUUUUUUUUUAAGGAUAAACACCACGAACCAGGUUCAUUCUUGAACAUAUUUGAUUCUUCUUUUGCUGCUGAUCAAAUCAGGUUCUUUCUCAAACGGAUUUGAUUUCGAAUCUGCUUUUGCUGCUGCUUUUCGAUUUGUUUGAGACUGAAUAUUGUGUUAAAUCUGCUAGUGAUUGAGUCUAAACUUUACGAUUAUAGUUUGACUCUGUUGCUCUUUGAAAUUGUUUGCUGGGAAUAUUUUCCGGUAUUAAGGAAAGCUGUCUUUCCAAUAUUUUGACUGUUGGGAGAGCAAAUCUUCAACGUGGUCUGCAUUUGGUGGAAUAACUUGUUGGUUUGUUCAGUGAUUUCUCUUUGGUGUAAAGUGGUUGGUCUUUGGUUGUCAUUGCUCUGUUGGUUAUUGGUGUUCUAAUCUGUCUUAAGAUAUUGCGAUUUGCCCACAAAAAAAAAAAAAAUCUGUUGGAAAAUGAAUAGAGGAGGAGGAAAUGUUGCACAUAACAAUGACUUUAGUAACGUUGCCUGUCAUUAUUGCCAUGAACUGGGACAUAUGAAAUGGUACUGUAAGAAAUUGCAAGGUCGCAAUCAGAGAACUCAAGGGGGUAAUCCUAUUGUUGCUUCUACUCCAUCUUCUGAUAAAAUAAUUCUGGUUUCAGCUAAGGAUUUUGAUAAAGUUUCUCAAUAUCAGAAAUCAUUAAAAGAAUAUCCUUCAGUUAAUACACCUUGUUGAGUUCGCCAAAUUCUCUCAGUGUCAGAAGUCAUUGAAGGAAUCUACAGUUUGCCAAAUUCUCUCGGCGUCAAAAGUCAUUGAAGGAAUCUACUUCAGUUCUUACCCUUGCUGAGUCAGGAAAAACAUGUCUUAUUUCUUCUUCAAGCAAAUAUGUGAUUGAUUCCGGAGCUACAAAUCACAUGACAGGUAAUCCUAAUAUAUUUUCCACCUUUCAUUCACACGAAGCACCCUCUCCAGUUACUGUAGCGGAUGGAUCAACUUGUAAUAAUGUUGGAUAUGGGACUGUUAAACCAACCUCAUCUAUUACCCUAUCUUGUAUUAAGUCUUCCAAAGUUGGCUUUUACUUUGAUUUCUGUUAGCAAAAUUACCAGAGACCUUAAUUGUUAUAUUUCGUUUUUUCCCGAUCAUCGUUUGUUUCGUGAUCUUAAGACGAAUCAGGUUAUUGGUAAACGAUAUGUAUUUGGUGAUCUAUACAUCCUUGAUGAAUGGGAACCUCACUCUGUUGCCUGCUCUAGUGUCGUGUCUCCAUUUGAAGCACAUUGUCGAUUGGGACAUCCUUCUCUACCUCUGUUGAAGAAGCUCUGUCCUCAGUUCCAAAAUAUUUCUUCAUUGGAAUGUGAGUCAUGUCGAUUUGCAAAACAUCAUCGUAGCUCACUAAGUCGAAAGGUUAAUAAGUGAGCAGAGUCGGCUUUUGAGUUAGUUCAUUCUGAUGUGUGGGGAUCAUGUCUUGCCGUUUCCAAAACUAGGCACAAGUAUUUUGUCACUUUUGUGAAUGAUUUCUCUCGGAUGACUUGGAUUCAUUUUAUGAAGAGUCGCUCGGAAGUGUUUACUCACUUUUGUGCCUUCUGCACUGAAGUCAAAACUCAAUUCAAUGCUUUGGUACGUAUUUUAAGGAUUUCAGUCGUAUAUGAGACACGGUAUUCUCCAUUAUUCUUCAUGUGUUGAUACACCCUCUCAAAAUGGAGUUGCUGAGAGGAAAAAUAGGCAUCUACUUGAGACAGCUCGAGCACUUUUGUUCCAAAUGAAGGUUCCUAAAUAGUUUUGGGCAGAUGCUGUCUCUACGGCUUGUUUUUUGAUUAAUCGCAUGCCAUCGACUGUGCUUGCUGGUAAUAUGCCUUACAGUGUUCUUUUUCCAAACAAGUCACUAUUUCUGGUGGAGCCUAAGGUGUUUGGAAGCACAUGUUAUGUUCGAGAUGUUCGACCAUUUGUUACCAAGUUGGAAAGGCAUUGGAGUGCAUUUUUCUGGGCUAUUCUCGCCUUCAGAAAGGGUAUCGUUGUUAUUCUACUGCACUUGGAAAAUAUCUGUUGUCAACUGAUGUUGCAUUUUUUGGAAACUACACCAUUCUUCUAUGCACCUCCCGUUUCUACAAGUCAGGGGGAGGAAGAUGAAUGGCUAGUCUACCAGGUUACUAGGGUUGUGCCAAAAAGAUCAGAUGAUGUUGUUUCUCAUACAUCGCCCAGUUCAGUUGAUCACCAAUCGACUAUUAUACCUGCCGCACCAGAUCCACCUACAAGACCGCCAAUUGUUCAGGUUUACUCUAGGAGGUGAGAGACUAAUGAUACAUACCCUACACCAGUUUCUUCAUCAUCAGCUCUUCCGGAAAAUCUUGACCUUCCUAUUGCUCUUCGCAAAGGUACACGUACUUGCAAAUCCAUAUAUUCCAUUGCUAAUUUUGUUUCCUAUGACCACUUAUCUCCAAAGUCUAGAUCUUUGAUUGCGUCUCUAGACUCCAUUACUGUACCCAAAACAGUGAAAGAGGCUUUGAAUCAUCCUGGAUGGUCUGAAGCAAUGCUUGAGGAAAUACAUGCCUUAGAGGAAAAUCACACUUCGGGAUUUAGUGGAUUUACCUAGUGGAAAGAAAGCAGUGGGUUGCAAAUGGGUCUUUGCGGUUAAAGUUAACCCAGAUGGCUCUUUGGCGAGACUUAAGGCUAGACUUGUGGCUAAAGGAUAUGCUCAAACGUAUGGGGUGGAUUAUUCAGACACCUUCUCCCCGGUUGCUAAACUCACUUCUGUCCGCUUGUUCAUUUCUUUAGUUGCUUCUGAGAAUUGGCCUUUGCAUCAGUUAGAUAUCAAGAAUGCAUUCCUUCAUGCUAAUCUCCAGGUCGAGGUUUAUAUAGAGCAACCACCAGGUUUUGUUGCUCAGGGGAUCUGUCAUUUGAAGAAGUCCUUGUAUUGCUUGAAGCAGAGUCCCUGGGCUUGGUUUGAAAAUUUAGUGAGGUAGUUCAGGAAUUUGGACUGAAAAAGAGCAAAUGUGAUCAUUCAGUCUUCUACAGGCAAUCAUCGGCUGGAACUGUUCUCCUUGUUGUAUAUGUUGAUGAUAUUGUUAUUACAGGAAGCGAUUAUGCAGGAAUCUCUUCUCUCAAGUCUUUCUUGCAUACUAAGUUUAACACGAAAGACUUGGGACAACUGAAAUACUUCUUAGGAGUGGAAGUCACUAGAAGCAAGAAGGGAAUUUUUCUAUUUCAGAGGAAGUAUAUUCUUGACCUUCUUGCAGACUUUGGAAAGUUGGCAGCCAAACCCUGCAGUACUCCAAUGUCUCCCGGUGUACAUCUUAUGAAAGAUGAUGGUGAUCCUUUUGAUGAUCCGAAGAGAUAUAGAAGGUUGGUUGGAAAGUUAAACUACCUUAUUGUGACUCGUCCGGAUAUUGCUUUUGCGGUAAGCGUAGUUAGUCAGUUCAUGUCCGCACCUACAGUCAAACAUUGGGAAGCUUUGGAACAAAUUCUAUGUUACUUGAAAAGAGCUCCUAGACUUGCCAUAUUGUAUAGCAAUCACGGCUAUACUCGUGUGGAGUGUUUUGCAGAUGCUGACUAUGCUGGAUCCAAAAUUGAUGGAAGAUCUACUACAGGCUAUUGUGUCUUUGUUGGAGGAAACCUAAUAUCUUGGAGGAGUAAGAAGCAAGGUGUUGUAUCUCGAUCCAGUGCAGAAUCCGAGUACAGAGCUAUGUCACAGUCUACGUGUGAGAUUAUGUGGAUACAUCAUCUUAUAACUGAAAUUGGGUUAAAGCAUUAUACACCAGCAAAACUUUGGUGUGAUAAUCAGGCUGCUUUUCAUAUUGCCUCAAAUCCAGUGUAUCAUGAAAGAACAAAACAUAUUGAGGUUGAUUGUCAUUUUAUUCGUGAGAUUCAGGAAAACCAGAUUUCCACUGGCUACGUGAAGAUGGGAGAGAAACUAGCUGAUGUGUUCACAAAAGCAUUGAAUGGAACUCGAGUUGAUUACCUUUGUAACAAGCUGGGCAUGAUCAAUAUCUAUGCUCCAGCUUGAGGGGGAGUGUUAGAGAAUCAUAAAUAUAUAUGUUUCCUUGUGUAUAAUAUUCUAGCUGAUUUCUAGGGAUUUAGAUAUCUAGUUACCUUAGUUAGUCUUUUCUUUACCUUUAUUUAAAUCAUUGUAUUUUUUGAAUAAUAGACAAGCUAUUCUGUGCGUCAAUGACGGGACAAGGUGGUAGUGGCAUCAAUGACAGACAAGAUGAGGGAAGCGAGGCUAAAAUGGUUCGGACAUGUGGAGAGGAAGUGUGAGAGGUUGGCUGUAGCAGGAGUUAGGUAGAGGUAGGCCAAAGAAGAGCUGGGGGGAGGUGAUUAGACAGGACAUGACACAUCUUAAGCUGAUUGAGGACAUGAUCUUAGAUAGGAAGGUAUGGAUGUCGAGGAUUAGGGUAGAAGGGUAGUACGUAGCUUAGGG